AUGGCUUCUGCUGGGUCAGACAUGCAGUUUCAUAUGGUGCAGGUGAGAAAUACGUUUCUGGAAGUGCAGACAUCAGAGGACGUCGGACCCAAAUCUAUUCGACCACGGCGGAGCAAGAGUUGGAGCGGCUCUUCUUCGUCCAACAGCUGUCACGAAAACAGUUCCGGAGAUGCUGAGAAAGAGCAGUGGUUCUCCGUGACAGUGAGUGGACAGGCGCACCACUCGGUGUUCGAUGAGAACUCCUCUUCAUCUUCAGCCUUGGAUCCCGAUUCGUGGGAAAACGCCAUGCAAGAGUUCAAGACCCCAUGGGAGAGUGCUAUGCAUGAGUUCCAAAGCUCAUCACAGUGCUCAUCACCGAGCUCGAGACGUCUGCCACCGCCUCCGCCUCCACCCAGGGAUGGUGCGCAGGUGGUACCUGCAGUCCAGCUUCGGAUUGAGGAGCAAAUAAAUGACGACUAUCAGCCGCAGUACGGACAGUCCAUUGGCGCGAAGGGACAUGGCCGUGGGAAAUGCACGCCGUGCACCAGGAUUUUGGUGCGACCAGGGUGCGAAUUCGGCUCCCGCUGUAUGUUCUGUCAUCUUGAGCAUUCCGACCAGAUGGACAGCAGGAAGAAUCGGCAUCGCCCUUGCAAAGCAGCACGGCAACAACACAAACAGACGAUCCAGAAAGUGUAUGAGGAGUACAAGGACAACCCCGAGAAGAAGAAGAAGGCUCUGGAGAAGCCUGCUGUCAGCAAAUAUUGCCAGAGCGAUGGUCACGAAAACAGUUCCGCGGAUGCCGAGAAAGAGCAGUGGUUUUCUGUGGCUGCCGGUGGACAGGCGCACCACUCGGUGUUCGAGGAGAACUCUUUUUCAUCUUCAUCUUCAGCUUUGGAGAGCGAAAGUUGGGACCAUGCCUUACACGAGUUCCAGAGCUCAUCGUCGGCCAGCUCUCGACGGCAGCCGCCCCCACCCAGAGAUGAUGUGCAGGGAGCACAGGCAGCUCAAUCUCGGAUGGAGGCCAUUGAGGAGUUGCUUGACGAUGACUACCAGCCACAGUACGGGCAGUCCAUUGGCGCGAAGGGACAUGGACGUGGGAAGUGUACCCCAUGCACCAGGAUUUUGGUGAGACCAGGCUGCGAUUUCGGUGCUCGCUGCAUGUUCUGCCAUCUUGAGCAUCCCAGCCACAUGGACAGCAAGAAGAACCGACAUCGCCCGUGUAAAGCAGCACGGCAACAGUAUAAGCAGACAAUCCAGAAGAUUUACGAGGAGUACAAGGACAACCCCGACAAAAAGAAAAAAGCUCUGGAAAAGAUUGCAGAGACAAGCCCAUACAUGCGAAGCCUUUUGAAGGGCUUGGGCGAGAAAGAUGAGGAUGAAGUUCUUGCACGUUUGGGACAAGCUGUGGAGGAAGAAGAAUUGGCUCCGAGAGUGCCCGGGCUGCAGCGGCCUCCAGGAGAGGUUGGAGCCAGCCCCGCCUCGGCAUCCUCGUCGUCCGCUCCAAGCCCCAAGCCAGAGUCUAAAGCGGGCAAAUCUCUCAUCUCGCUAUAA